AUGGCCCUCGUCAACGUCGAGCAGGUGCCUGCUCCAGACCCUGUCGAGAAGACCCCUGAUGUGCUUGUUACCCCUUGCGAUCCGUGGCCUGCGCCGUAUUAUAUGGAACGCGGACUGCGUCGUGUCCGACCUUACCAUUACACCUACAAUACGAACUGCAAGGAGCGAUGGCGGGGUAAGAGGUUGGAGGACAUUUUUACCUCUGAAUUCCGAGACCGAGCGCCUGAGUACUAUAGGGCCGCACUCGACAACGGCUUGAUCUGCGUCAACGGCAAGCCUGCUGGCCGAGACACCAUCAUCAAAAACGGCCAGGUCGUCUCCCAUACCACCCAUCGACACGAACCCGCCGUGACCAGCGCUCCGAUUGGUAUCAUCCACGAAGAUGAUGACUUGAUUGUCAUUGAUAAGCCGGCCGGCGUGCCCGUCCACGCUGCGGGUCGCUACCACUACAACUCAGUCGUUGAGAUUCUUCGCGCAGAGCGAGGUCAUGACUGGAUUCCUAGACCUUGCAAUCGGCUGGAUCGAUUGACGUCGGGAAUCAUGUUCAUUGGAAAGCAUCCCAAGGGUGCAGAGAAAAUGGCGGGGGCUUUGAUGGCGCGAACCGUCCAGAAGGAGUACGUCGCCCGUGUUAAGGGCAAAUUCCCCGACGGCGUGGUGGUCUGCGACCAGCCCAUCAUGCAAGUGAGUCCGAAGCUGGGUUUGAACCGGGUGCGGGCCACGGGCAAGUCGGCCACGACCAAGUUCCGUCGUCUGGCAUAUUAUCCUCCUCAGGCUGCGGUUGCUUCCGCCGAGACGCACGCUGCAGCUGGGGAUCGCGCGGAGACUCCUCCACCCGUUCUCGCCAACGAGGACGAGGGUUACAGUGUUGUUCACUGUUUCCCCUUGACUGGACGGACACACCAGAUUCGCGUGCACCUCCAGUUCUUGGGUCAUCCUAUCACCAAUGACCCGAUUUACUCGAACCGUCGCGUCUUUGGACCAGAGCUUGGCCGCAACGAGACCAGUGGUGAACGUGAUGAUGAAAUCAUGGAACGACUCCAUCGCAUGGGCAAGACGGAAGUUGCCGACACCGUCUCAUACCGCACUCACUUGACCGCUGCGCCGAAUGUUCCCCCGGGUACCGACCCGGCUAUUCUAGCGGAGAUCAUGUCCCGGGAGCAGCAAGCUGCCUCGGAGGAUUACGAGAAGCGCAAGGGUGAGCGUCUCUCCGGCAAGUUCUGUGAUGUCUGCCAAACGGAGCUGUACACGGACCCGGGCCCUCACGAGCUUGGUAUCUUCCUGCACGCCGUUGCUUACGCUGAUCGUAACGGCGACUGGGGUUAUCGCAGUCCAAUGCCGUCCUGGGGUCUCCCACCUCCCGGAUCAGAGGGCCCUCGUGAAGUCCCAGACUGGGUGCCCGUUCCAGAGAGCGAGGAGAUCGUGAUUGGUCACGGUACCGUUCCUCCGGAGAUUGGCGUUGAGGAUGAGAAUGAGCAGCCAAAGCCCAUUUCCAGUACGGUUCUUGUUACUGGUGUUGGAAUGGUUGACUUCUCAGACCCGAGGCAUGGUUUGAAUGGUGCUGUUCCGCAGGCGAAGGAGACGGAGACACCAACCCCUUCAAACCCGUAG